AGGAGAGAGAUAGGGCGAGAGGGAGAGAUUUACAGAGGUAAAGGCGAUACGAGCACAACAAGACGGGCGAGCGGAGAGGGACAGACGGGUUGAGGGAGGACAGUGAGAGAAAAAGAGACAGAAAGUGGGCUGACUGCAAGCUAAGGGCGAUUUUGAGUUGGACGGAAGCAGGUGCCAAAGUGCCACAAGGGUCUGUGGGUUCUGGACGGUGAGUGGGACUUUGGAUUUUAACCCAGCUGGAAUCAGCCAAACCCUGGACUGACGGCUCUGCUGUCUUCCCUCACUGGAGGACGUCCUGCGGAUACCCUACUGGCCUUUACUAGCGUGCGUGCGAGGGGUCUCUCUCCCCGUUGGGGAGGCGUGCCGCGCAGACGGACGGACCGCUGGCGUGUGUGUGUGUACGUGUCUCUGCGUGCGAUUUCCCCCUAUGUCCUUCUUUUUGUGGCUGUGUGCGCACCAGGGCCCAGUAUAUGGAUAGAAGCUCUCUGUUUCAGCUCAUACAAGAGCAGCUGGACCCAGAGCAGACUGGUUUUAUAGCAGUGGAAAAUUUCACCAGUCUAGCUGAGCACCAUGAGUUACAGCUGGACCCCAGUAAACUGGAGAUGCUGCUGGCGCUGGUAGAGAGCAACGAACACGGACACGUCUGCUACCAAGAACUCAUAGAACUGCUGAACAGUAAACGUUCCAGUAGUUUCCGCCGAGCCAUUGCAAAUGGGCGUCGCACUCUGCAGCGAGAGAUCCUAUUGGAUGAGACGGGGUUGGGCGUGUACAAGCGCUUCGUGCGCUACGUGGCCUAUGAGAUUCUGCCAUGCGAGACGGACCGCCGAUGGUACUUUCAUCAGAGCAGACUCUGCCCUCCUCCUGUGUUCAUGACCAUCAUUACCAUUUUACAGAUCAUAGUGUUUAUGUGUUACGGCGUGAUGCUCAAUAAAUGGGUGUUGCAAACCUACCAGCCGGAUUUCAUGAAGAGUCCGCUGGUGUAUCAUCCCGGACACCGCGCUCAAAUCUGGAGGUUCUUCAGCUAUAUGUUCAUGCAUGUUGGGUUAGAGCAGUUGGGUUUCAACGCUCUUCUCCAGCUGAUGAUUGGAGUUCCUCUGGAGAUGGUUCAUGGGGUCCUGAGGAUCAGUCUGCUGUAUAUGGCAGGAGUCGUCGCUGGUUCUCUGACGGUGUCCAUCACAGAUAUGCGCGCUCCGGUGGUGGGCGGAUCCGGCGGGGUCUAUGCACUCUGCUCAGCACAUCUCGCCAACGUUGUCAUGGUAACCAAAACUAACUGCUGCCAUGGAACAUUUUCGCUUACGAGCUGCUCGGGGUACAGAUCCCGCCCCCUCCCUGAUGACACGCCCCCUCCCGGUGGCCCCCAAAAGCCACGCCCCCUGUCCGACACAUGUCCGACCUCAAUCUACUCCGCUCGACCAGCAGCGGAGACACGGACGUAA